AUCUCAACAUCUCCUCUCUUAUUUUUCAGCGAUAGAUCUUUCUUUUGUUACGACGUUCCAUUCAUUUGCUGCUUUUUGUUUCGACAGCCCGACGCUUUCUGAGCCAUCUUUUCUAUCAGCACCACCUUAUCGACAUCGAGUCACUCUUUUUUGCCGAUCCACUAUAGAUUUAUUCUUAUCAUGAACUAGACAUCUCUUGAACCACAAGAACAACAAACCACUUCAUUAGCCCCGCGCUGCGAGCGCGGCGCGCCCUCGCCCUCGCAAUGAGACCUUCACCCACCUUUUUUCUCCGCCGCCCAACCCUCGCACCCUCCAGAUCCUCCGCGCCCCCGCGCUUACGGACAAGACGAUAUGAAUCAACCACACCUCCGAAGCCUGAUCCCGUACCCAAAAGCGAGCCUCCGAAGUCUUCCCCCUCACCAUCGAAGUCACAACCAAGUCCUGCUCCCACCCCGCAUCCAGAAGUGCCCCCGGCGGUGCCCGCGCAGUCGGGGCCACGAUCGCUGCGCCAGAAAAUCCAGGCAGGACCUGUGGGAAGGCUAGGCCGGUCGUACUCCCGGUUUCAGGAGAAGAAGCCCUAUACCACCCAGAUUUGUAGUUCGAUUGUGAUCUACCUAUUUGGAGACCUGAGCGCGCAGUAUUUCUUUCCUCCGGAGAAGACGUCGAGCGCGGCGCAGGGUAAGACCACUGAGUCUGGUCCCCAGAGCAAAGAUGGUGGUGCGGUUGAGGUGGGAGGAUAUGACCCGUGGAGGACGAUGCGCCAUUUGACCGUGGGUAUUGGAUCGAGUAUCCCGUCAUAUAACUGGUUCAUGUUCCUGCACAACCACUUCAACUUCACAUCCAAAUUCCUCUCUAUCCUCACCAAGGUCGUCGUCCAACAAGUCGUCUUUACUCCCGUCUUCAACACCUACUUCUUCAGCGUCCACUCGCUGUUAUCUGGUGCAUCAUGGGAAGAGACACUCGAGCGGCUCCAUGUCGCUCUGCCACGGAGCAUCGUGAACAGCGCUAAGUUCUGGCCCAUGGUUACGGCAUUCAGCUUCAUGUACGUCCCGCCGCAGUUCCGGAACGUUUUCUCGGGAUGUAUUGCGGUUGGGUGGCAGACCUAUCUGAGCUGGUUGAAUCAGAAGGCUGCCAGGGAGGUAGAGGGUGCAUUGACGGAGCCGGCUUCGUCGCCAUCACAGGUUAAUGAUGGGAAUAGAGUCCCUAUUAGGGCCUAGCCUUGGUUAUUAGGCGUGAGGCUCAUUGUACAUAUUUCUUGGUUUGGGUUGGCUUCACUCGUUGUAUACCCGAUUUCGUGGGGAUUUUGCUAGAUUUUAGACUAGAUACGUGGUCUGCAUUAGAUGACAGAAGAAUAAACAUAUAGAGUAAUUUUUGGCUAUCUUGUGGAUUAUGCUGAGACUUCAAAUAUUUGCC